AGAGGAAAUAUUGACCUGUUUCCACUGAUCUCACCAUCCACUAUCUGAUGUCUUCUGUUGUUUUCUCAUUUAGGAUCUGCUGCUGUCAAGUGCCAACAUAAAUUCAAAUCUCAUUUGAUGAAGAAGUUCAGGCGUGUGUUUGAGGGAAUUGCUAUAGCAGGACAGCCAACCGGUCUGAAUGACUUCUACACAGAGCUCUACAUCACAGAGAGAGUCAGUGGAGAGGUCAACAAGGAACAUGAGGUCAGACUGAUUGAAACAGCUUCCAGGAGACUGGCCAAGGAGGAAACACCAAUCAAAUGUGAAGACAUCUUUAAUCCCUUACCUGGACAAGAUCAACCAAUCAGAACAAUAAUGACAACUGGAGUGGCCGGCAUUGGUAAAACCAUCUUAACACAAAAGUUCACUCUGGACUGGGCUGAAGGCAAAUCAAACCAGGACAUACGCUUCACAUUUCUCCUCACAUUCAGAGAGCUGAAUUUACUGAAAGGAAAAGAGUUUAGCUUGGUGGAACUUCUUCAUCACUUCUUUAUUGAGACCAAAAAAGCAGGAAUCUGCAGAUUUGACUGGUUCCAAGUUGUCUUCAUCUUGGAUGGUCUGGAUGAGUGUCGACUUCCUCUGAACUUCCAGAAGAACACGAUCAGGACUGAUGUCACAAAGCCGACCUCAGUGGACAUGCUGCUGACAAACCUCAUCAGGGGCGACCUGCUUCCCUCCGCUCGCAUCUGGAUAACCACACGCCCUGCGGCAGCCAAUCAGAUCCCUGCUGAGUGUAUCGACAUGGUGACAGAGGUGAGAGGGUUCAACGACCCACAGAAGGAGGAGUACUUCAGGAAGAGAUUCAGGGAGGAGACGCUGGCCAGCACAAUCAUCUCCCACAUUAAGAAAUCAAGAAGCCUCCACAUCAUGUGUCACAUCCCAGUCUUCUGUUGGAUCACUGCGACAGUUCUGGAGGACAUAUUCAAGAAAUCCCAGAUAAAAGAGACACCCAAUACCGUGACUCAGAUGUACAUCCACUUCCUGAGGGUUCAGUCCAUACAGGGGGACAGGAAGUACCAUGGGAGAGCUGAAACAGAUCCACACUGGAGUUCAGAGGAGAUCAUUGUUUCUCUGGGAAAACUGGCUUUUAACCAGCUGGAGAAAGGCAACCUUAUCUUCUAUGAGGAAGACCUGGCAGAGUGUAACAUCAAUAUCACGGCAGCCUCGGUAUACUCAGGAGUGUUCACCCAGAUCUUUAAAGAGGAGUGCGGGCUGUACCAGGACAGGGUGUUCUGCUUUGUCCAUCUGAGUGUCCAGGAGUUUCUAGCUGCCCUUUAUGUCUUUCUGUCCUUCCUCGACACUGGUGUCAAUCUGCUCUCAGAAGAACUACAAACCUCCAGGAAAGAUAAACUCUCUAAACUCUUCCUCUACCAGAGUGCUGUGGACAAGUCCUUACAGAGUAAGAACGGACACCUGGACUUGUUCCUCCGCUUCCUCCUGGGCCUCUCUCUGGAGACCAAUCAGGAUUUCCUACGAGGUCUGCUGGGACAGGGAAAAAGUAUAUCACUGACCGCUAAGAUUAAAGAAGGUCUGCUGGGACUGACAAGAAGUAGCUUGCGGACCAAUCAGAGAACAGUCGCUUAUAUCAAAGAGAAGAUAAAUGGAGAUCUCUCGCCAGAGAGAAGCAUCAAUCUCUUCUACUGUCUGAAUGAGCUGAACGACCAAUCUCUAAUGAAGGAGAUCCAACACUACCUGACAUCAGGAAGAACCUCCAGAGAAUCACUCUCCCCUGUUCAGUGGUCGGCUCUUGCAUUCAUCUUUCUGACAUCAGAAGAGGAGCUGGACGUGUUUGACCUGAAGAAAUACUCUGCUUCAGAGCAGGGUCUUCUGAGGCUGCUGCCAGUGGUCAAAGCAUCCAAAACAUCUCUGCUGAAUGGCUGUCAUCUGUCAGAGAGAUGCUGUGAAGCUCUGGCCUCAGUUCUUAACUCCUCUAGUCUGAGAGAGCUGGACCUGAGUACCAAUGAUCUGCAGGAUUCAGGAGUGAAGCUGCUCUCUGCUGGAUUGGGGAGUCCACACUGUAGACUGGAAACUCUCAGGCUGAAUGGCUGCCAUCUGUCAGAGAGAUGCUGUGAAGCUCUGGCCUCAGUUCUCAGCUCUAACUCCUCUAGUCUGAGAGAGCUGGACCUGAGUACCAAUGAUCUGCAGGAUUCAGGAGUGAAGCUGCUAUCUGCUGGACUGGGGAGUCCACACUGUACACUUGAAACUCUCAGGCUGAAUGGCUGUCAACUCUCAGAGAGAUGCUGUAAAGCUCUUGCCUCAGUUCUCAGCUCCAACUCCUCUAGUCUGAGAGGGCUGGACCUGAGUACCAAUGAUCUGCAGGAUUUAGGAGUGAAGCUGCUAUCUGCUGGACUGGGGAGUCCACACUGUAGACUGGAAACUCUCAGCUUGUCUGGCUGCCUGAUCACACAGGAAGGCUGUGCUUCUCUGGCCUCAGCUCUGAGCUCCAACCCCUACCAUCUGAGAGAGCUGGACCUGAGCUACAAUCACCCAGGAGACUCUGGAGCUACGCUGCUCUUUGCGGGACUGGAGGGUCGACGCUGGAGACUGGACACUCUCAGUGUGAAGCACGGUGGAGUGUGGAGGCUGAAACCAGCUCUAAAGAAGUGU